GGGCGAUGGGGAGAGCGCACAGCAAGGGGUGAAAUUGUCUAUCGCAAUUUUGAGACGGAAAGGACGACAUCGUAUUAUCAUUUUGCAACAUCGCAUGUAUAACUACGUUGACGGUUGACCGAAGAUUCUGUGAAGAACAAAAUUUAGUAGUGAUAGGAAAGUACGAACCCCCCUCUUUUUCUGUAGGGCAGAUUCUAGGGUUUUUAGACUUUUUAUCUCUGUAACAGAGCACGAACGUCUCUCUCUGCUAGGGAAAAUUCUCAGGCUUCAUCUGAGGUUUAUUUAUUUCUGUAACAUAUCAAUUAUGAGAACUCGAAAGGCCGAAACCCCCAAAUCGGCCGCCACAAAGAAGACGCCUCCGGCCAAGAAAUCUGCCGCCAAAAAUCCUCCCGAUGCGACGACGGAAUCGGCUACCCCAAAGUCCGCCGAGACGAAGCGGGCCACUGCAGCGGCCAAAGCGAAGCAAUCGAAGGCCAAUGAAACCACUCCCAGCACCACCACUGAUUUGAAGUCCGAAUCCAUAGUUGAAGAAGCCAAAGCAUUAGCUGAUGAGGUGACGCCUGAAACAAAAGCAGUUUCAGGCACUAAGACAACUAGAACGGUAGUGAAGAGAACACCAGCAAGAAGUAGGACUCCUGCUUCCGCAAAAGCUGUUUCCAGGCAGACACCCAAGUCUGGGGGAACUGGAAAAGCGAAGGGUAAAGAAUCUGCAAAGAAUGAAGAGGCGGAGGAUGCUAAAGAUGUUGAAUCUGCAAAGAAGGAAGUACCUCCUGUUACAGAUGUUGGGGAAGAACCUGUCGUUGACAAAGUUGAAUCCACAGAGAAGGAGGAUCACAAUAUCACGAAUCUUGAGGAAAUUGAAGCGGAGAAGGAACAUAUUUUGAAUGCUGAUGUUGGAAACUCCCCAAAGCAGGGAGAUUUUGCAGUUGUAGGAAAUGUUGUGAGUUCGUCCGAGAAUCAGCAGGAGGAAGAGGAGUUGAAUGAAGAAAUGGAAAAUGAGACGAAUAAUAUUGAGGAUAGAGAAGAACCCAAGAAUGAGUCAGUUAAUAUGGAGGAAGAACUCAAUGAGGAGUCUAAAGGAAAAGAUACUCAAAUCGAGGAGGAUCCCGAGGAGGAUGAAUAUGAUGAUGAGGAAGGGAUGGAAUACGGCAUUCAAAGCAUACUUGAAGAAUCUGGUGAUGAAGACCUUGGUGAGGAUAAUGUGCAGGAUCAUGAUGAAGAAGCUAAUGCAUUGGAAGUGGAACAUGUGGAAUUGACUGCAGCGGCAAAGGAACGCAAGAUUAAGAAAGAGCUGGAGAUAUUUGUUGGUGGGUUAGAUCGUGAUGCUGUGGAGGAGGAUGUGAAAAAGGCUUUUGAGAAUAUUGGAGAGGUAGUCGAAGUUCGAUUGCACAAGGAUCAUUCUACUAACAAAAAUAAGGGAUAUGCAUUUGUGAAGUUUGCAAGUAAAGAGCAAGCAAGCCGAGCUUUGUCAGAAAUGAAAAAUCCUGUUAUACGUGGGAAGAGAUGUGGGACUGCACCAAGUGAGGAUAAUGACACAUUGUUCGUGGGAAAUAUUUGCAAUACAUGGACGAAGGAAGCUAUUAAACAAAAGCUGAAGGAUUAUGGCAUUGAAGGUGUUCAGAACAUUACUCUUGUUUCGGAUGCCCAACAUGAAGGGUUGAGUCGUGGUUUUGCAUUCCUUGAGUUCCCUUGUCAUGCUGAUGCUAUGCUUGCAUAUAAGAGGCUUCAGAAGCCUGAUGCUGUUUUUGGUCAUCCUGAGAGAACCGCCAAAGUAGCUUUUGCUGAACCCUUACGAGAGCCAGACCCAGAGGUCAUGGCCCAAGUUAAGUCAGUAUUUGUUGAUGGGCUCCCUCCUCAUUGGGAUGAAGAUCGUGUUAGGGAAAAAUUUAAAGGUUAUGGGGAGAUUGAACGUAUUAUGCUGGCCCGGAAUAUGUCAACUGCCAAGAGGAAGGAUUUUGGAUUUGUUGAUUUUACAACACACGACGCAGCUGUUGCUUGCAUUGAUGGAAUGAACAACACAGAAUUGGGUAAUGGGAACUCCAAGACUAGAGUGAAAGCAAGGCUUUCAAAUCCUCUGCCUAAAACCCAGGCCGUGAAGGGUGGAAUGUGUGGAGGGUUCCGAAUCGGCCGUGGUGGUGCUGUAGGUUCUUCAAAAUUUGGAAGGGGUUUUGUACGGGGUGCAUAUCCAUUCAACAGGCCAAACUUUCAACGUGGCAGGGGUUUCUAUCAGCGUGGAGGCAGUCAAACUGGUAGAAUGAGUUUUGCCAAUGAACAUGAUCUUGAUAACCAGUACCCUCCUUUCCAUGGAAGGCCAAUUUUUGGACGAGGAGGAAGGAGGGGCUCUUUUGGUGGUGCUCAUCUGGGUUUUGGUAGAGGUGCCGGGCCAGCUAGACCUAAUAAUGAUAGAUUGAGGCAAGGUGCAACUGACAGAGGCCGCGGGAGGCAUAUCCCACCUAGGAGGGAACCAUUUGCUCCUGAAGAAGGAUUUAACAGGCCAUUUUUGGGGAGGAACUUUGAUGACCCUUAUUUUUAUGACGACAUUCCACAUGGGAUGAAGCGACCAUUUUUUAUGACUGACCAAGAUCCUGAUUACAUGGAGCCUAGCAGACUUCGUCCUCGAUUAGACUAUUCUGAUCCAGCAGCUCCGUUUCGUGGAUCUCGUUAUCGAGAUAAUUUUGGAGCUGGCGAUAGUUUCUAUUCACGUGGUUAUUAUGGUUCUGAAUAUGGUGGAGGUGCAUAUUCAUCUUUUUAUGGGGGUGAUCGCCCAUAUGAUGGUGGUUACUACUACUAGAUUUGAGAAUCUUGGGUGGACAUGGGGAGAAAGAAUGCAGUUCACUCAAUGAUGGGAUUUGCUUACUACCCCAAAAGGAAAGCUGGAUUGUGUUGCUCUCUUCAUUUUCUUAUUUAUUUCUGUUUCAGUUUUUCUUAUCGAGUCUUUAGUCCUUUUGUUGUCUUCUCUUUCCCUCUCUCGCUCUCUUUCUUACCUCUGUUCUUUUUGUCAAAUUGAUAUAAUGAGUUUCGAAGUGUCUAGUUUAGCUUAUGCCUCCCGGAAGGGUUUUAAUAUAGAUAGCAGUACGAAAUUAUAUGGUGGAGUAUUGAAUAGAUAUGUAGCUCUGUGCCCUGAAUAUGAGCAGUUUGAGGACAUUGGAUAUGGGCUGUUGAGAUAAGCUUCAGAUAUUGCUUUAUGUCAGUGUUUGUGAUCUUUGUAUUGGAUCGAGCAUAUAUAUAUUGGAUCGAGUAUAUAUAUAUUGAUCCUUUAUUUUGAAGCUA